UCGAUGGUAUCAAUGUUGACAUCGACGUUUUCACAGCUCUAACACUAGACAUUGCGUUGUGUUUUAUUUUUUUUAAUCGACAAAUUUAGCAGUAUAAACACCUAGCAUAAGGUAAACCCGUUGCCAUACCACUCACCAAAGCGCUGAAGCCAACGAUAACCAUGGGCGAGCAACCGAUUUUCACCUGCCAGGCGCACGUCUUCCACAUCGAUCCGAAGACGAAGCGCACCUGGAUCACGGCCAGCAUGAAGGCUGUCAACGUGAGCUUUUUCUACGACAACUCCCGGAAUCUGUACCGCAUCAUCAGCGUCGAGGGCUCCAAGGCGGUUAUAAAUUCUACUAUCACGCCCAACAUGACAUUCACACAGACCUCCCAGAAGUUCGGCCAGUGGAGUGAUGUCAGGGCAAACACGGUCUAUGGACUGGGAUUCGCCUCCGAAGCGGAGCUAACUAAGUUUGUGGAAAAGUUCCAGGAGGUCAAGGAGGCCACUAAAAACGCAAUGAAAUCGGCAAACGGCUCUAACGCUGUCACGCCCACCACCUCGGCCAACACAUCGCCCAUUUCUGGACGGGCGAUUGGUGCCAUGCAGAAUGACAACACGGCCAUCGAUCCCCACACCGUAGAGCCGCCGAACAUGAGCAACACUAACACCCAGAACGCCAAUCCCGAUAGUCCCUCCCACAAGCUGCUAAACACCAACGACGGAAAAGCGGAAAUCGGAUCGGCUACGCCGUCGCCUCAGCCCACCGUUGGUACUGGCGGAGGCGGAGGUGUCACCAUCUCCUCGGGUGGCAGCAUUGUUGGCAUGCACACGGGUCCAGGAGCAGGCGCCACAGCUGAACAACAGCUCAAGUACGAGAAUGAGCGCCUGAAAAUGGCCCUGGCGCAAAGCUGUGCCAACGCCAAGAAGUGGGAAAUCGAAUUAGCCACCUUGAAGAACAACAACAUACGCCUGACCAGCGCGCUCCAGGAAUCCACGGCCAACGUAGACGAAUGGAAGCGCCAAUUGCACACUUACAAGGAGGAAAACAUUCGACUUAAGCGUGAAAUGGACUUGCUGCGAGUAGGCGGUGGUGGAGUGGGUGUCGCUUCCGGCGGUGGUGGCGCAACGGAAGACGAGCUGCGCCGCGAGGUAGCCACUCUGAAGGCACGAACAGAGCAACUGCAAACAGAAUUGCUUCAACAGGAAAUUGAGCUUAAAUCUGCCAAUAUAAGUUUACGCGAAAAGUGCAAUGAUCAAACGUUGGCCAAGCUGAGCGAAUUAAAUGUGAAGUUCGCCAAGCAGCUUUCGGAACUUUAUGCAGUGCAGAAGGAUAUGGAGAACGUUAUACAUCCUGCUAAGUGCACUUGAGACACAGAGAUGGCGGUUUUGGGAAAGGUUUCAGCGCAGGAACAGUCUACAAUGACAAACACUACAACGACAUCAUCGGCAACUUCAGCAACCACGACUAGUAAACGAUAUUUAAGCAACUAUCCAAUAGCCGAAGCCGAGGGCACACUCUCCAACGUCACCUCUAUCCACACCCAGCUGCAGUCGUCGCUUUACGAGACCCAGAACACAGCCCAGCUGAAGGCCCUGGACAAGCACUCCGCCCUGCUGCAGGAGCUGCAUCACCGGCAAGCGGCUCCCAGACGCAACUCUGCUGCCGUUGCCGCUGAAGCAGCUGCUGCCGCCGGAUCGGGAGGGGCUAAAACUGCCACUAUACUCGUUUCUAAAUCAAAAACCAAAACUGGGCUGCCCCUGUUGCUGAAGAACUCCAUUAACAAUUAGGGAAAAAAUCAAAGAGUGCGACAAAAAGUGAGAUAAAUUAGACAGCGGCAUUUUUGUAAUCUUUAUAUUGGUAGUUUGUAAACAAGGACAGGGCAAUGAGAAACCCCACGCACCCAGUCUCCCUCCCCCCCUACUUGAUUGCAAGCUUAUAAUCGUCAUUUGUGUGUUGUACCGUCUUUUAGUAACUUCAAUUCGAGAAUAGAAUAAACCAACGCCCAGUAUUUCCUCAUCAACGUCCUUGUCGUGGCACUUUUGUAGGCUUUGAAUCGAUCAAUUCUUGUGCGCAUUCAAGUGCAAUAUACAUUUAACUAUAGUAUAUGAAUGAUAUUAUGUGCUCUAUUCACCUUCAGCUAAUUGUUAAUUAAUUUUUAAAGGACUUGACAAAAUAUCAUUUCCCAAAGAAUAAUCCAAGCAUUUCUAUCGAACAAUUGACACGCUGAUUACCUUUUAAAACGUGCUCGAAUUUUUUUAUAGUAUUUUUUUUAUAUGAAACCUAUUGUAUUCUCCAAAUUUUAGUCAUUAAAUUUAUAGUGAUUAUUUAUUCUACCUUAUUUCAAUCGGUGUAUUGCAAUUCAAUUUUUAAAUCCCCCUUUCGAAUGGCUCUACCUUUAUUGCAGUUACGCACUGAUUUACUAGAAUUAUACAUGAUAUUUAUAAAUAUUAAAUAAUAAACGCAUUUCAUAACUAACAAUGACUUAGACGACGAACACACUAACGCAGUUUAAAAAAUAUAAAUCAACUGAAAGUAAAAUUAUAAACUGAAUAAAGCCCAAGUAAAAUACAAGACUAGCAAAGUAAAUAUUAAACAAAAAAAAAUAACGAGUCAAGUAUGAGCAUCAGUGAAAAAACUAGUUUAAUAUCUUAAAAAAUUAUUGUAAUUCAUAUAUAUGCGUACGUAUAUAUAUAUCGAAUAAAGAUAAAGACGCAACUUGGAA